AUCCAUGCCCAAACCAACAUUUUCUUGGCAACACACUAUUAAAAACAAAGAGAAGAAAAUAACUAAGAUGAUUCUUCAGGACCUCGUAUUCUACGCCAUUCUCUUUCUCCUCUCCUACUUUCUUCUCAGAACCAUCUUUCACAUCACAUUACACGGCCACCGCGUGCACCUUCCUCCAAGUCCACUGGCCUUACCAAUCAUCGGCCACCUCCAUCUCCUAGACCCUCUCAUGCACCAAGCCUUACACAAGCUUUCCUCUCGCCAUGGCCCCUUCAUGCAUCUUCGCCUUGGUUCAGUCCAGUCUGUUGUAGUCUCCAACCCUGAAAUGGCUAAAGAAUUUCUCAAGACCCAUGAUCUUACAUUCUCUUAUCGCAUAUUCAACCAAGCCAUCGAUUAUCUUACUUAUAAUGCUGCGACUCCACUGGCACCCUAUGGCUCUCUCUGGAUUUUCAUUAAAAAACUGAGCAUUUCUGAGCUCUUAGGCAGCCAUACUCUCAACAAGUUUCUUCCUGUAAGAACCCAAGAGUUGCAUUCUUUUCUUGGACUAUUAUUCGAUAAGUCCAAAUCAGGCGAGAGUGUUAAUGUCACAAAGGAGAUAUUAAGAUUCACAAACAACAUAAUCUCUCAGAUGAUACUAAGUUCAAGGCGUUCAUCGACGGCCGAUGAGGAUGAAGAAGCCAUAAAACUGGUCAGAGAGGUGACAGCGGUUUUUGGAGAAUUUAAUAUUUCUGAUUUUAUAUGGUUUCUAAGGAACUGGGAUUUGCAAGGGUUUCGAAAGAAGCUGGAGGGAAUUCGUGGGCGAUAUGAUGUUUUGUUAGAGAAAAUUAUCACAAAGCGUCAAGAAGAAAGAAAGGAGAAGAACUAUAGAAGUGAAAAUGGAUCUGCGAAGGAUUUUCUUGACCUUCUGCUUGAUAUCAUGGAAGACAAAAACUCAGAGAUGCAACUAAGCAGAGAUCAUUUGAAAGGCUUAGUUAUGGACUACCUGACAGCUGGUACAGAUUCAACAGCAGUAGCAAUUGAAUGGGCAGUAGCAGAGAUGAUCAAUCAUCCAAUGGAGCUGAAGAAAGCAAGGGAAGAGCUUGAAAGAGUUGUAGGGAAACAAAGGCUAGUGCAAGAAUCUGAUGUUUCAAAUCUUCCAUAUCUCCAAGCAAUUAUAAAGGAAACAUUUAGGCUUCACCCACCAAUUCCACUAAUCCUUAGAAGUUCCAUUGAAGAAUGCAAAGUGAAAGACUACACAAUCUCUAAGGGCACCUUGCUGAUCGUAAACCUGUGGUCCAUUGGCAGAGAUCCUGAAACCUGGAAGAACCCAUUAGAGUUUCGGCCUGAAAGAUUUUUACCGGCAAGCGGCAAUGAUCAAAGUUACUGGGCGGGUCCCGUAGAUGUUAGAGGCCAACAUUAUCAGUUAUUGCCAUUUGGUACCGGAAGAAGGAAUUGCUCUGGCAUGUCCUCAGCUAUGCAGAUUUUGCCUAUUACAUUGGCAUCGAUGAUUCAGUGCUUCGAUUGGAAGGUGGUGAGUUCACGGUCAUCGGAAGUUGACGGUGAUAAUGCAGUUGAUAUGACUGAAAAGCCUGGAAUCACGGCUCCUUUAGCCCAUGACCUUGUGUGCGUUCCAAUAGCACGUUUCAGUCCUCGCAAUGCUUCCGACGAUGCAUAAGAUCCAUACAUGUGCCGCCACUCGUGCACAAUGAAUUCUGAUAACUACUUGCUUCCAAUUAUGCGGAUUUGAAUAUGAAUUUCUUGAAUAAAUAAUAUGUUUUUUUUUUUUUUGAAAUGGUAAAUAAUAUGUUUUUAACUACUGAACCAAUCAGUAUACACAUUCUCUCUUUUAUUGCACUUUCCAUCUUGUAAAAUAUAAGUGUGAAAAAAGUUUGCAUAUGUAUUAAAAGCAUCCAAUAAAAACUCAGCUUUUUUUUUUUUUCUUUUU